UGGGGAAAAGUUACGCAUUUCGCACUUCUGCAGAGCCUGCUGUUCACUUCCACGUGCAACCUUGAUUUGGAGAUAAGUUAUCGUCCCGUUGUGGUUUGUUUUAAUUGUAGGGUACUCUUUAACUUGCUUUUGGAUCUGAAGAAGUGAUUCCACGCCAGCGAUGGAAGAGUUUUGUUGUCAGAUCUGCAACACAUUAUUUACUAGAGUCUUUGACUUCAAGAAGCACAUGACCUCAUCUGUACAUAAACAGAAUUUCCAGAAAGUCUACCCAGAUGAGUAUUACCAUCGACACUUCUACACUCCAUGGAUUUUCUAUAAAGAUUAUGCUUGCAAAAUUCCAGACCAAAUACCAGUUGUAGGUUUGUCCCAGAUGACCUUGUGUUUCAGUCCAGAAGUAAGAAAUGGUUUCUACCUUUGUCAUGUCUGUGAAAGAAAGAUUAAAAUCCAGUUUGUGGUGGAUCAUGUUUCUCAAAGUCACCACUUGAACAACUACUUUGGUUAUACUGACCCAAAUGCAUUGAAUUUUGCUUGGAUACCCUCUGAAAUUCCACAAAUGAACAACGACUUGAUGAAAGAGCUACAGAAAACAGGAAUUGGGGUUUUACAAGUGUUGCAUUUGCCUGUGAAUAUACAAAACCAGUGUGAUGGUAAAACAUACCAUCAAGUUUUUACAGUGAUGAUUUUGCUCCAUCAAAAUAAAUUGCUAUCAGUCAUGUUCAAAGAAAUGAAACCAGGCAGAAUGAGCAUACAGACAUACAGAGAUGAUGCGAACAGGAAACAUCCUCUUCUUGGCCUGCAGCACAUAGUGGAGUGUGUUUGUAUGUCCCAAUAUGAGAUGAAGCACUACCUCUGCACACUGUGUUGCCUUCACGUGCCCUCCAGCAGGAUAAUCAGACAUCUGCUGAGCCGCGACCACCUCUUCUGCUACUUUAACAAAUGGUACCCGUCUACUUUACCAGCGAAAGGGAACUACAGAAAUUCUGAAAUACCUAGUAAGCUGACCGACUUGGCAAAACAGUCAGAGAAAAUUCAUGGCCUCACUGACAUUCAGCAAGUGAAAAUGGAGCCCUGUCAUGUUUUCACUGUGUUAAAAGCAUCUUUCAAAGAUGCUUUAAGUGGAAUAGAAUCGAUGAUAAAGAAAAGCACAUUGCUACCAACUGUCAAACCUGGAACAAAACUAGAACCAUCUGAAAGUGAUGAAGUGCCAUCAAAAGUCAAUCCAGAGCCAUGUACCUCUGGAAGCAGCACCUUUUUACCUAGUGCAGGUGAACCCAGUGCAUCAUCAGUUGUACAGUCGUACAGUCUUCACUGUCAGAACUGUAGUCGAAAGUUUGAAACGGAUACUCUAUAUUUUAACCAUCUUUCGAUGAAUGGACACCAGGAGACAUUUAGAAAAAACUUCGAACAAGCUUUCCAAUGUAAACCACAUCUUCCAUUAUACAACUACUUCACAACACAUGGUGUUGGUGGGUCCCUGGUUAUGACCAUUUUCAGCCAUCAGGUCAGCCAUGAGCCUGUUCAUGUGUGCUUUGCUUGUGAGACUGUUUUUUUAAAUGGCAGUCUCAAGCAACAUAUGAACUCUCCCGCACACUUUGUGCAGUCACUGAUCUAUCAGAAUCCAUGGAGACUUCCCUUUGGCUGGAAAAUGAGGCUGGAUCACAAUUAUAUGAAAUUACAGACAUGUAAAGAGGAGGAUGAAAGAGGGCCAGAUCAACAAAUCAUAAGGAUACUAGAUGUCCCAUUGAAUCUUCUCCCAAACGGAGCCCCUCUCAUUUUUUCAAAAGUGAUGGAGAAACUCGAUCGAUUGAUGAGAGGAGUGCCACAGCGUGAGACUUUUAGCAAACUUCAAGACAAUGACAGAUUUCCAUUUCUUGGUAAGGAAUUUUUGGUCAAAUAUGGGGAUGCAGUCAUUGGAUGGAAGUUUCUGUGUCUCCUCUGCGAACGGAAGCUGUCAGCAGAUGAAUAUGCUGGACAUGUAUUCAGCUGGGAUCAUGUGGCUACUUUUCUGAACAAUUAUCACCCAGGAUCAUUAGAUUUGGACACCACCACUGAAGAGAUAUUACUGGACUUGGCAAAACAAGCUGCUCACAUUCAUUGUGUUUCAAAUGAACAGAUAAUUGAGGUUAACCAAAGGAUCUUUGAGGUAUCUGACUAUGACACAACGGUAUGCUUACUGUCAGCUGAAAAGGCAAGAGGUGGUAAAGGAACACUGAUCCCUUGUAUCACACCAAAUAUGAAAUUGGCCGUAAGGAAUCUGGCUAUGCAAGAAAAUAAAAAGAACAUCACUUUUGUUGACACUACUACUGCAAAUUCUCAAGCGCCACCCCAGCUGGAUGGAAAGAUUGAAAUCCUCCCGGAGUCUACUCCCUCAAACACCAGCCUCUCAUCUAAAACUGAAACUAACACCACAUUUAAAAAAGACAAGUCUGCAAGUGCUACUGCCACAGUGUGCCAGUGUUUGACCAGUACAGCAACUACUCCGUCUCCAACCAUUUCCUCUAGUCUUUUAACAACCAGAUGUGUAAUUCCCAUAGUUGAAUGUAAAAGUGUGACUUCUGGUAAAGACAACAGUGAUAAACUUGAAUCAGUCAUGUCUGCCAGUCCCACAACUAGUGAUACAUCCAAACCAAACUCCAAAUCUAUUUGUAAAUUCAUCACCAGCAUAUCUGUCAACCGAAACAUGUCGACACCAGCAAUGACCCACCUGAAACCAUAUGACACUGAUGAUGUGAGCCCAAAUACUCAAACCGUUACCUCAUCGAUAGUAGAGGACUCCACAAAAGUAACAUAUUGUCUGCCUAUUUCUGAUGCUGCAAAAGAAGCUCAAGAGCUACAAGUUGAAUCGAUUCCAUCCGACGCCGUGCACAAAUGUGAAGCAGACUCUAUGGCCAGUGAACCAGUCUUUCAAGUUGCUCUAUCAGACAACAAUCUUUUAUCAACAGCUUAUAAAUCCACACCCAAAAUAUUGGAAGGCCACACCAAAUCUACAGUAAACCAAUUAAAGUUGAAUACAAAUGCAAUGAGUAUUCAAAACAAUGGUCCAUUACAAAAAAUUAACUCGUUCACACCUACUACACCCAACUGUGACCUACAGACAACAGAGGCAUCUGAAAAAAAAACUACAGCAGAUUGUCCUAAAGUUGGGUUGGACCUCAUGCUUAAAGUGAUAUGUAAUGAGAGCAUGCACACCUAUUGUUUUGCAUGUUCAGUGAUUCUGGAAAAAUCUGACCAUCUGACCAGUUUGACCCAUCAAAAAAAUUAUGUGAAAGCAAAGUAUCCAUCGUGGAGUGGCAAGCCAAAUGAGGCCAAGCUCAGUGAUAUGGUAGCACAACUUGCUGAUUAUGAGAAAGUUCAAAAAAUCAGUUGCAAGGAAAUUCACGUGUCUCUGGAUGUGUACAAAGAGCUCAAGAGUCUUCCAGAUGUCAAAGCAAUAGAGAAAGUAAAAGGUUUGAUCAGAAAGAAAAGGCCAAAGAAAUCAGUUCAACAACUACUAUCUGCUGCAACAAGUGAUGUGUCUUCCAGUCCAUAUGACAUUCACUUGAGUCCCAAUGUUUCAAUCAGCCCAUGUGAUGUCAUGAGCCCUGACCUUGGAAAGGAAGAUAGUCAAACCAAACAGCAGGCAAAGAGUAUUGCUGAGCCCAUUAAAAAAUUACCUAUGUCAUCUCCAAGCCCCACAGUCCAGAAACCAAUGUCUAAAGUAGCUCCAAGGAUUAUAAAAGGCUCAACAACAGAUGACCUUAGCACCUUGUCCCAUAUUCUAAAGGUAAUAAACAGGACAGUUAUUGGUCUUAGUUUUGUGUGGGAAUGCAGAGUUGUACCACCCAAGCUUCCAACUUUUUACCUUUGUGAAAGCUGCCAUCUGACCAUCUCUGUCAAUGAGAUUUGUGAGCACAUGAUAAGCGCUGAGCACAAAUUGAAGUACUUGAUGAGACAGUAUCCAAGGUUUCUGUACUGGAUAAAGGAGGAGCUCCUUCCAGAGAUGAUAGAUGAGCUAAUAAAUGACAUUGCAGGCUGGGUUUGGUGCCGGGAAGAAUUCAUGGAUGCCCAGAUUGUACUUUUGAGUGAAGAGUGCUCUGAGUGGGUACGAACAGCACCAAUUGCUGAAGCAUUGAAUGUGGUGCACAGGAUAAAGCAAGAAAAGAAAACAACCACUCUUCCACUCAUUGCGACAUCACAACACAAAGUGGGAGCUCGUUUCCAGAGGGACUCUUUUAGGACCUGGACAGAAGAAAAAUUAGAUCUGGAAAAUCAAAUGGAAAUGUCUUUAUCAGACGAAGAUGGUAGAACAACAGACUCGGAUUACACAUCACAUUAUAUAGAUGAAAACCUCAGUGUAAAGUGUCCCAGUCCUGCAGAGUCCAGCACCAUGCCUUCUCCAUCUAUUACUGAGCUGCUCUUUUCUCCAGUUCAAAAUCCUGCAUCAGUGUGCCGAAAUGUUUUUAACCAAAAACUGUCAGCAUCACCAAAAGAUGAGUACCAAGAGCUUUUUGAACCUGCAAGUGGAACUAGUUCAAAUAAUCCCACAGCUUUAAGUCAAGUCAUCACAGAAACCUUAAUCAAAAUCAGUAAUUUGUUAGUCUCUCAACCUCCUUCAAUAAAUCCCCCAGAACAACCAGAAUGUAUCACCUCGUCAUCCUGUUCUGUCAAUCAAAAUAUGUCCACAUCAAAAAAGAAGAACGAAGAGCAUUGUGAGCCAGAAAAUAAAUAUAUGUCUAGUCCAUUAAGUCAUGAUUCAGCAGUUGGGUCUCCUAUUGGCACAGGGACAGCGUCUUUAAAAAAACCCAAAAAUGUUAAACAUGAAACUGACAUGCAAGAACAUAUGGCAAAGGAAAGUGCACCUCAGUAUAGCAGUGAUUCAACAGGAGAGCCCACUUCUUUUGUAGCAGCUUUUGCGACCAACGGAAGUAACACAAAAAGCCCAGAACUUGAUUCUAACAUCCAAAAUGAAGUAGACAUGUUUCAGAUGUUAAUAAAUUUAAUCAAACAAAAUAAACCCGUAGCAAAUCUAGAGAUGUCAGCAGAGUCAUUAGAAAGCAAUGUUAAAAAGUGCGAAGCACCACGAUCCACAAGAUGGGAUGUAGGGCCUCCAUCUGAUACUGGUACUGACAUGGUUUCUAAAGAGGACACUAUAUUGAAUGAAGGCAUUGCAGGUACAUUUAAACUUCCAUUACAUGGGGUCAGUUUAGCAAAUGGGAGAGAAGCAUCAAAACAGGAUACAGAAAAACCUGCCAUGUCAUGGGAUCUAUGCAAAGAAGUUCUUAAAAUGACAAGCAGCUUUGAAAUGACAGUUGUACAGAAAUCACAAGGGCAUGUUCAAACACAAGAUAAACUAGAGGAGAGACAGGUGAAAACAGAAGACACUGAGAUGCAUGAAGUCAAGAAGACUGAGGCGUCAGACCAUCAAAUUUCACUAAACAAGGAUAAACAGCCAAAGGAUUUCAACACUGGUGCUGAACACUCAAAAAUCCAGAAGAGUCAAGUUCAGACCUCACAGCUGCCCCAGGAUCAGGUUCAAAAUGAGCCAUCAAACACUAAGGUGGUUCAAAUCCAACAGACCCAUGUUCAGGUUCAACAAAGCCAAGUGUUGCAUCUUCAGAGACCAACAGAAGUGGACUCAUCGGAACAUACCACAGAGCAGAGCCAAGACCAGAGUCAGCAGCUGCCCAUUUACUCCGUUGUCUCUCGCAGACCACAAAACACUAUGUAUGCUCCAAGAGAGAAUGAUUACAGGCAAACUAGAAGUGUUAUGAAUGCAAACGUUCAAGUCAGUCAAGGGCCCUUAAAUGCAGCAGCAGCAGACACAGUCAGCUCAUGUCCUAGUAACACUAUGCUGGCCACAGGAGGGUACGGCCAUUUUGUCCAGACAGGUUACCCAGCUAAUAUGUACAACCAUUCAGACAUUCCUAUGCAGAAUUUUUAUUAUUCAUCCAGGUUUGCCCAUCCAAAUCAAGUUUACCAUCUGCUGCAAACACAAUAUUACACAUCUAUGCAGCCAUUUACUCAAAAUGUUCAAAGUCCAGGGAAUUGGAGCUGGUUCAAUCCUAAUACACUGUCUCAGCCUGGGGCACAGACCUAUGCUGCAUGGUCUAAUGGAGAGGUGGCAGGGCCAAGUAAUGUGGCAUAUUCAAAUGCAGUUCUGUUCAACACAGCCUAUCAUCAAAGUUAUAUAAAUAACUAUAACAAUGUGCCGGAGUACAACAGAGAGUUGCAAAAUCACAUUCAUACACAAUCAUCUUUUUCUGGUUCAGAGACCUCUCACUUCUUCCCCCAGAGGAAGUAGACGUUGGUGGAAUUUGAAAUGUACAUUUUCUAUGUAAUUAUCUUAUGUGGUUUAUUUACUUUUUGUGUAAAUGUGUUUAACUGUAUAAUCACGAAGGCAUUGCCAUUUUAUGACAUAUUGUGUUUUAUUGUAUUAAAUUUUUUUGAGUAUGUGA